AUGGCCCAGGGAUUGAUUGAGGUGGAGCGAAAGUUCGUUACUGGGCCUGAAACAGAAGAACGGCUGCAGGAGUUGGGGGGCACCCUGGAGCACCGGGUCACCUUCCGAGACAUCUACUAUGAUACCCCUGAGCUGAACCUCAUGCGGACCGACUAUUGGCUGCGACAUCGAGAAAACAGUGGUUGGGAGCUCAAAAUUCCUGGAAUGGCAGGUGUCUCUGGACCCCACAAUGUGUACUUGGAACUCACAGCUGAGCCUGAAAUUGUGGCCCAGCUCUAUAAGGUGCUGGGUGCUGAAGUCCUGGGGGCUGAGGAUGUGGCUGCUGUGCUGGGGCCACUAGGUCUGCAGGAAGUAGCUAGUUAUGUGACUAAUCGUAGUGUCUGGAAACUGGUGCUUUCCAGAGCUGAUCAAGAGGAGCUUCCGCUCAGGGUGGACCUGGACACAGCCGACUUCGGCUACGCGGUGGGUGAAGUAGAGGCCCUGGUGCACAAGGAGGCCGAAGUCCCAGCAGCCCUAGAGAAGAUCAACAAGCUCAGCAGCAUGCUUGGUGUGUUGGCACAGGAGAGUGCACCCUCCAAGCUGAUCGUGUACCUACAGCGUUUCCGGCCUCAGGACUACCAGCGCCUACUAGAAGUAUAUGGCUCCAGAGAAGCCAGAGGGGACUAA